GGUCGAUGCUGUAAGAGAUGUGCUAGAACGAAUCUUACAGCUGAUUCUUUUCCUGUGGACCGUUGGAUCAUCGUGGCUGUAUUAUCCUCCGGAGAUUCCCACCAGAAAAGCCAGUGAUCCUCGGCGCUUACGCCAUUCCAUUGUGUUACUGCGCCGUUGUCGUCUCUCUUCUCUACACGAGUCGAGAGAGAGAGAGAGAGCUUGGAUUUCUCACAUGGAAGUGGCUCGGCUCUCCAGUUGCGGCAUCUUCCACAGCCCGCCGUCGGCGGCAGCGGCCUACACGCAUCGGAGGGCCCGCCGGAAUCGAUCAGUUCAUCUCAGAUCUAGGUUUUCCAGUAUCAGAGUCUUCGCCGUGGCCACUAAAUCUUCCGUUUCGUCUUCUACUCCUUCGAGUUCAGUCUCCGGUUCAGUCAAUGGGGCUGCGUCGAAUAGGUUCGGUAACGUAUCGGAGGAGAUCAAAAAGGUGCGGAAGCAAAUGGAAGAGGACGAGCAGCUGGCCUCGCUGAUGCGAGGGCUCCGAGGUCAAAACCUCACCGAUGUUCAGUUCGCCGAUGAGAGCAUCCGCCUUCGAUUAGUUGAGGUACCAGAUGUAACCAGUGGAGAAGCAUUGCCACUAGUGUAUGAUCCAGACAUUAUAUCAUCCUACUGGGGCAAGAGGCCAAGAGCUGUUGCAACACGCAUCGUGCAGCUUCUAUCUGUGGCUGGUGGUUUUCUUUCUCACAUUGCUUCAGAUUUGAUUAACAAGAAAAUCAAAGAGAAUGAGGUUGCACGAGCAAUUGAAUUAAGAGAAAUAGUGACAUCUUUGGGGCCAGCUUAUAUAAAACUUGGGCAAGCUUUGAGUAUUCGACCAGAUAUAUUAUCUCCUGCUGCAAUGAUUGAACUGCAAAAGCUAUGUGAUAAGGUUCCUUCAUUUCCUGAUGAUGCGGCAAUGGCACUUAUCGAAGAAGAACUUGGGCAACCUUGGUAUAACAUGUACUCUGAACUGACUUCAUCCCCCAUUGCCGCUGCAUCAUUGGGGCAAGUAUACAAGGGCCGUUUGAAAGAAACUGGAGAUCUGGUGGCUGUUAAAGUGCAACGGCCUUUUGUUUUGGAGACUGUAACUAUAGAUCUCUUCAUUAUACGCAAAUUGGGAUUGUUUUUGCGAAGAUUCCCACAAGUAUCCCUUGAUGUUGUUGGCUUGGUUGAUGAAUGGGCUGCUCGUUUUUUUGAAGAACUUGAUUAUGUAAAUGAAGGAGAAAACGGUACUCGCUUUGCUGAAUUGAUGAGAGAAGAUCUUCCUCAGGUAGUCAUACCAAAUACUUUCCAUAAAUACACAUCGAGAAGGGUACUUACUACCCAAUGGAUUGAAGGAGAAAAACUAUCUCAAAGUACUGAAAGUGAUGUUGGAGAAUUGGUUAAUGUUGGAGUUAUAUGCUACCUAAAGCAGCUGCUUGAUACUGGCUUUUUUCAUGCUGAUCCUCAUCCUGGGAAUAUGAUUCGGACACCAGAUGGGAAGUUGGCUAUACUUGACUUUGGUCUUGUAACAAGAUUGACUGAUGACCAGAAGUAUGGUAUAAUUGAAGCAAUAGCUCAUCUGAUCCAUCGCGACUAUGAUGAAAUUGUGAAAGAUUUUGUAAAGCUUGAUUUCAUUCCUGAGGGGGUCAAUUUGGACCCGAUUCUGCCUGUGCUUUCCAAAGUUUUCGAUCAAGCCCUUGGAGGAGGUGGUGCAAAAAACAUUAAUUUUCAAGAACUGGCUUCGGAUCUGGCUCAAAUCACUUUUGAUUAUCCUUUCAGAAUACCACCGUACUUUGCUUUAAUUAUCAGAGCAAUUGGAGUACUAGAAGGGAUUGCCCUGGUUGGAAAUCCUGAAUUUGCAAUUGUAGAUGAAGCAUAUCCAUAUCUAGCUCAGAGACUUUUAACAGACGAUUCACCAAGGCUAAAGGCAGCACUGCGAUAUAUGGUAUAUGGUAAACACGGAGUCUUUGACGCCGAGAGGUUCAUCGACGUCAUGCAAGCCUUUGAGAAUUUCAUUACUGCUGCAAAAAGUGGUGGUGGUGAGAACCUAAAUGGAAAUAUGGCAGGCCUUGGUUCUUUGCAGAGUCAAUCGGGUUUUCUUGUGCCAAUAUUUCCAACAGCAGUGCCUCAACCUGCUCAGCCUGUCAAAACAAGGGCAGCUCUCAUAUUUUUGCUAUCUGACAAAGGCAAUUUCUUCAGAGAAUUCAUUCUAGAUGAGGUAGUUAAAGCAAUUGAUGCACUCUCUCGAGAGCAGUUGGUCCAGCUCGCUGCAACUCUAGGAAUUGGGAAUUCAGCCUUCCCAGUUUUUAGUAUGGUUGCUAGAAGGCCUAUAGCGUUGCUGCCGACCGUCACAGAGGAGGACAGAGCCAUACUUAACAAUGUCGAAAAAGUCGGCAAGUUUCUCACAUCAGGAACUUCAAGAACAAAUCAGGGUUUUGAUAUUUUCUAUAUCCGAGAACUUCUUCCUUUGCUACCGAGCAUAUCCGCUAACAUUCUUCCCGAAGUGUUGAACAGGUUAACUUCUCGUGUGUUAGCUCGGUUAAUCAGGGAAACAUUUUUGUAGUCAGCAAUGCAUUAGAAAAUCAUUAGAAAAUCUCGCGGCCGGGAAAACACUUAUAGUUUAUUGUGUAUAUAAAUUGGGACAGAAGGUGAAGCCGUCACCUUAGAUGCAAGUAAUGUACAGUUAAAUUGUAUCGCAUAUCAAUCAAGAAAAGAAAACAAUAGGAUCAUAGAUCUUUAAAUAGGGGAAGGUAGGCAGGCAGAUAAUAGAUUUUGUUAUUAGUUGAAAAUUAUAAAACUUAAUGUAUAAUAAUUUUACAUGAUUGAA